CCUGCGGCUGCCUUCAUUCACAGCACCCCCAGCCACCAUGGCCUCCGAGGAGCAAGAUGCGUUGGACGCGCUCGAGAGAGAAGCUUCGGAUUUUGUCAAGGAUGCAGAAAUUGACCGCAUUCGUAAAGCGUUCACCUUAGACGCGUACGCGGUUCUCGAUCUUCAACCAGGUGUGCCCGAAUCAGACAUCAAAGUCCAGUACCGCAAAAAGUCCCUUCUCAUCCAUCCGGACAAAACGAAGAACCCUGCGGCCCCUGAUGCCUUCGAUCGACUCAAGAAAGCCCACACGGCGCUCAUGGACGAGAAGUCACGCACAUAUCUAGAUGAAUGUAUCGCUGAUGCUCGACGACUGUUGAUUCGCGAGCACAAGUACACGCUAGACUCGCCGGAGCUGACUACAGACGAGUUCAAGAAGGAAUGGCGCCAAAAGACGGUCCAAGUGCUCCUCGAGGAAGAGGCGCGGCGACGGAGACAGGCCAAGGCCAAGCUUCAGGAAGAAGGACGAGAGAGGCGCAAGGAAGAGGAAGAACUCGAGGCGCGGAAGCGGAAGCGGGAUCAGGACAAAGCUUGGGAAGAUAGUCGUGAAGAGCGUAUAGGCAGCUGGCGUGACUGGCAGAAGGGUGUCAAGAAGGAGGGCGACAAGAAGAAGAAAAAGAAGAUGAAGGUUCUGGGCUGAUUGGGGGAAUCAGGCUGCUUGCAUCACCUGCACGAAUUGCUCUGAAGGUUAGCCUGAUCAACCGGCGUUGUGCGGAUAUACUUGCUGUUAUACUGUGGUCAUUAUAUUGUCAUCAUCAUCGCUACUGGGGUUCAAGUAUUUGUCAGUAGUCAUUAGCGGCCUCGUCUCGUACAAUGGUUACACAGCACUCAUCCUG